AUGGCAUCUGACGAUCUACCAGGCCUCAUCGUGACAGUCUCGGUUCUGGUUGCUGCAGGACUUGCAGUAUACCAGUCACCACAGUUUCAGGAAUGGAUCGCCACUUCUCGACGAAAGAUCGCAUUAGCGCUUCAUAACCUCGGAGAUGAAAUCCAACCACGCGAUUUGGUUGCGCUCGAAGAUGACAUCUCCAUGUCGGAGGAGGUAGGGUUGGCCGCCGAGGAACGCAGGCGAAUCGCUCGCGCCGAAAUCAUGCAACGAGCGGCCUUGUUAGAAUCACGUCGAAAGUCAAAGGAUUCUAUUAAACCACACGACAGCUUCGACACUCUUGUAGACAAUGAUGGGAAUUUGCGUGCGGCCGAUGAUAAGAAGAACAAUCUUGACGUAAACCCUGUCGGGGCUUCGACAGGUAUCGAUACGAGCUCUCCACAGCCUCUUCAUCGUGGAGACAAGUCCGGCGAAACCUCAGCCUUGAACAAGGAUCAGCUGCAUCUCGAUGUUUUUUCGGAAACCGCAUCGAACCAUCCUUCGGAUGCAACUUCACAAUUUACGCCGACCUCCGAGACGCCCGGAGAGGUUUUAUUUGACCCAUUCACUGAUUCACCACCGAGAGUGCAGACUCCCGUGUCUGCCACAGCUUCAAGCCAUACCGAGGAUCAUCAACAAGUUUACUAUGCUCAUCCUAGCUCACCAUCCAACUCUAGUCAUCAGCAAGACCUCCUCACAGAACUGGAUGAAUUUCGACAAGGUAACCAGUUUCAACACCCUGUCUCGUCAACGCCAUCCAUUGCUGGAAGCUACAGUCAUGUUGGCGAUUUUGAUGCCUCGUCUGAUGGAACGAUAAGUGACCUGGGCGCGCAUUCUGUGGGAGGCAUCGAUACCCCAGCCAGCUGGUCUGAAGUGGGUAGCGUAAUCAGCAAUGAAGAUGCUGCUCAUCAACAGCAGCUGUAA